GAUUGGAAAUCGGAACUGUCAAGCAAAACCCUAAAUCCUCUCUCUGUACCGCUCGUCGCCCCCAAACAGCAGCAGCGUUGGUAUGGACAACGGUGAUCUUUCCUCCGGCUCUUGUUCAGAUAUGAGGAAGAAACUAAAGUUGGACGACUCUGUGGUCGAUGAAGAGAUGGUGGCGGGUGAUAGUCUUCCUUCACUUGCUGAGAAGGAGAAAACAUUUCACAAUGCUAUGGCCGAGUGGUUCAUUACUGAUGGGAUUAGUCCUAAUAUCAUUAAGAGCCCCAGAUUUGCCAAGUUCAUCAACUGCUUAAACCCGGAGUUUCCUCCUAGUGUUACUGAAGUCAAAAAAGAAGUUCUUGAGAUACACGAAGAAUGUAAGGAGAAGGCUAAGAGAUUUCUCAAGGGUUUUGAAGGUCAAUUGACUCUCUCUUAUGAAUGGUUUGUUCUUAGCGAUGAAUGGACAGACCCUGUUUUGCAUGAUGAUUUCGUUUGUUUGGCUGCUCAUUUCAUUGAUGACAACUGGAAGUUGAAGAAAUGGAUCUUGGGGUAUACUACUGACCGGAAUGUACCCCUUGAAGAUGUUAAUAUCUACCCUUUUAGAGAGGCUGUUGAGGGUUUCGAGAUUGAGAGCAAAGUCUCUACUCUUCUGUUGCCUACUGACUUGGAUUUUGAUGAAGUGACUUUAGAUCCUUUCAGGAAAUGGAUUGAAGAGAGAGGGAGUAAUCAUAUCAACCCACGGUUCUCCCUACUCUAUUGUUGCGCUGACCUUUUCCGGUUAAUGGUUGAUGAUCUUUAUAGUGACUUGAGUGGGUGUCUGCUAGAGGUUGUGCGUAUGUUGGUUGGAUGGGGAAGUAUGUCACCUACCAAUUGGAACAUCACUUUGUCUAAUCUGCAACGAGCUGUUGAUAUGAAAUCUGAGGAUGAGUUCUCAAAGGACGAGGAGUAUGAUGAUUAUGACAAACCAUCUGAUGAAGAUUGGAUUAAGAUUGAAACUUUUUGCAAACUCGUUGGUUGCAUCUAUAAAGUGUCCAAGGAGCUUUUCAAGGGAGAGUAUUUGACAUCCAACGUCUUCUUCCACCUACUUGCUGAGCUGAAGCUUAUGUUGAACCAAGGAGCUUGUGAGUGCUGAUAAUGAUCACUUCAUCAGCCGUGCUAAGUAUUUAUUGAAGAGGUUUGAUAGGUACUGGAACAAUAUGUUUCUGGUUUUGGCAACUGCUUCUGUAUUAGACCCUCGGUUCAAGAUGAAGUAUCUCGAGUUUUAUUGCUCAAAGAAGGAAGUCAAUGUUGAAGGUUCUAAGGCUGAAACUGUUUUGGACCAUUUACGCAUUCUAUAUGCUCGCUAUGCAGCUAACGAUAUCUAUCAAAAACCGAUAUUCCCGGUUGCUGCAAUUGACUCCGCAGAAGAAGAAGAAGAAGAAGAAGAAGAAGAGCAAGAGCAAGAGCAAGAUUAUGAUUUUGAAGAAGAAGAUGA